AUGGGUCUUCGUUCUUCAGGAAGUUUUGGUUCUUUGCAACAACAACUAUUUCAGAAUAGUUCAUCACCAAUCCAAACAACACCCCCUAUUCCAAGAAAACCCCCAAAAUUGUUUAAGGAGGAAGAGGGAUUGUUUCUCUGGAUCUGCAAGUUCGCCCCUCGAAAGAAUGUUGGGAUGUUGCUACACUGUGUAGUUUCUGCUGCAGCUUUUCUGUGGGUCUUGCAUGUUGGCAAAGGUUUGCUCUCUACACUUCUGAAUGCUUUUGAUUCGGCCGUUCCAUAUGUUAGUGCUUGUACAUUUCCUAAAUUUUCAUCCCUCAAAUCUGCUUUUCUGCCUUCUGCAAUGACUAAGUUUUCAACUCAUUUUCAGGUGAAGUUGCCGCAGAACAAAGUAAUAGGAUCAUGUCCGGUGUGCUACCUUCCUGUUGAACAAGCUAUUGCAUUAAUGCCUGAUGCACCAUCCUUUUCUCCUGGUGUUAGCAAUUUGACUUACAUCCAUGAAGAAAAUCAGAGUAAAGCCGAUUUUGGAGGUUCAGAUUUCGGUGGAUAUCCUUCGUUGUUCCAGAGGAAUGAUUCUGACAUAAGAGAGUCCAUGAGUUUUGUCAGAGGAAUCAGGCCUGGAGAUCAGACAAGUUUUGACAUUGAUGAUUCUAACCUUCUUGAGAUGGAAUCUUGUCAAGGUGUCGUGGUGGCAUCAACAAUAUUUAGUAUUGAUCUUUCAGUUCACUCAUUGUUACAUUUUCAUCUUGUAUCUAGUGGACUGCAGUUUUAA